CACCGCACCGACUGUGUCACGCUCCUGCAGGGCAUCAUCCUCCCGUUUCGGGACGCGCUCAGACUGGAUUAUCUCCCGGUGGUUUGACACACAGCUGCUGUUGGCUCUAAUCGACUCUUUUUUUCUUUUCUUUUUUUCCAUAUCAUGCGAGUUUUGACUUGAUCGGAUCAGAAAGUCGUCCUUGUUGUAUAUUGGGUUGUUUUGUUCUUUCGGUGGAGGAAGAUUGUUUUACUUCAAGGCGAGACUUCAAUGCCAGAUCCAGCAACGAUGAGUAAAAAAGGAAUGGUGACAAAGAUCCACACGAGGAUAAGAGCUGACCCGUUCACUGCCAGCUACGACUUGGUCGGAAAAGAACUGGGCAGGGGAAAGUUUGCGGUAGUGAAGACGUGCAUUGAGAAGGCAUCGGGGAAGCAGUACGCUGCCAAGUUCCUGCGAAAGCGACGGAAGGGCGCGGACUGCCGCAUGGACAUCUUGAACGAGAUUGCUGUGCUGGAGUCGGCCAAGGCAAACCCCUAUGUGGUGGCACUGCAUGAGGUCUACGAAACCAACACUGAAAUCAUCCUUGUUCUUGAGUGCGCCGCCGGUGGUGAAAUCUUCGACCAGUGUGUUGCUGAUAACGAUGACGCCUUCACGGAGAAAGAUGUGAUCCGGCUGGCCAAGCAGAUCCUCAACGGAGUGGCCUUCCUGCACCGAAACAAUGUGGUGCAUCUGGAUCUGAAACCCCAGAACAUCUUGCUGACCAGCGCCAGGCCUAUCGGUGACAUUCGUAUCGUGGACUUUGGCUUGUCCAGAUGCAUGGACAACAUCACAGAGGUCAGGGAGAUCCUGGGUACCCCAGAGUACGUGGCUCCAGAGAUCCUGAGCUAUGAACCCAUCAGCACUGCUACAGACAUGUGGAGUAUCGGGGUACUGACCUAUGUCAUGCUGACAGGCGAGUCUCCCUUCCAGGGUGACAGCAAGCAGGAGACAUUCCUCAACAUCUCCCAAGUCAACGUGGACUACUCGCAAGACACGUUUGAAGGAAUCUCUUCCCUGGCUGUUGACUUCAUCAAGUCCUUGUUAGUUAAAAACCCCAGGAAGAGAGCCACGGCAGAAGAAUGCCUCAACCACCCCUGGCUGAACCCGCUCCCCCACUCCCACUCCCACUCCCACUCCCACCCGCACCUCCACACCAGGCCGGCAUCCUCCUUGGACGAGCCAGAGACGAGCCAGUCCGAGUCGGAGCCCGAGAGCCCGGCUCCCUCCCCUGAGCUGGGCUUGAUCGGGUCAUACCUCACCCAGGGUGGGCUGAAGACGGGCCGUGACGCCUUCUCCUUCAGCGAUCCCCCCUUCCCCACGCUGCCUGAAAUACAGCAGGAGCUGAUCUGCUGAAUGACGCUUCACAGGUGGAAAGAAACUGAACAAAUUCAAACUGAACGGAGCAGACGCUGAGAGCCAGUGAGCCUGCAGCUUCUUGGUCUGGAUCGGACACAGGGCCAUGCUAUAUGGAUGCUGUAUGCCUGCUGAUGGCUGCUUCUACUGCUGUGAUGUCUGUGAGCUGGGCUGUGUGUAGUUUGAUACCUCUGCGUGUGUGUGUGUGUGUGUGUGUGUGUGUGUGUGUGUGUGUGUGUGUGUGUGUGUGUGUAUGUGUAUGUGUAAGAGAGAAAUAAUACAUGCUACUCCAUGCUGAUUUAUGAUUGCACGGCGGGAAUGUGAGAGGAAUGAGGAUGCAGGGGAAAAGAGUGGGAGAAGACACACAAGGGCUGUGUCGCAGGACUGCACUGCUGCCUUAAAAAGUGACAGAACUGAACCAGACUCAGCUUGAUACUGUGACUAGUUCAACCCUGCACGCACACUGGUUUCUCUUUCUUACCAAUUAGCCUUUUAAGGAGGACAGGCAGCCUCUUGCUUCCUUGGGAAAUGACUUCACUCACUGUGUGCUCUCAUCAAAACAAGUUAUGCUUCAGCUGACCCAGACAUACCUUCUGUGAUGAGUUUUCUUGAAGGAAGUAAAGGGUUUUGACAGAUGGUUCUACUUAACAAAGGAAUUAAAGCGAUGGACAGCAUCUACGCUGAAGUCGGACGUUAACUGUCCCACUCUUUUGUGUGUUUAUUUAUGUGUGUUUGUUCUACCACUUCAGCUCCUUACAUACACAAAGCCACAUCAGUGCCUGAGUUUGAGGUGGACAUGGUAGCAUACUUAUUUUUUUAAGGACAAUCUUGAGCACUUUUUUUUUUUUUUACUUUGUUAUUGGAACUUCCGUGUAAUCGUAAGAAACCAAAGGCUCAUUAAGCACAGUCAGCUGUCACAAUGUACUGUACAUAUUAACCACCAUUCUCCACCAUCCACUGUUUUUUGUCACAUGACCUUUUUGUUUUUUCACAAAGUGCCACUUUUUCAACCUCACUUCUGUGAUCAUAUUGGAGUUAAAAGUUUGACUUGGAUCUUUUUUGGUUUUUUUUUUGUUGGCUAUUGCACAAGUUGCACAAUUUUAUUUUUUUUUGUACUUAACUGCGAUGUUGCCAUUAGAUUACAUGCUCUUUUUAAAUAUUGUGAAAACAUCAGUCAUGGAAAGAGGGAACAGUCUGGGCUGAAAGUUCAGAACAGUUCACUUUUGUUAUUUGAACUGUAACAGAUGAACAAUGACAUGGUCAACUGAAGAGCCCAGAGUUGUAUAAAUAUGUGAUAUUUGCCUUCAGAUACUCGGGAGCAGAGAAAUAAGAAUUUCUCAAAAGUACUGAAAUGUAUAUUGUGAGUUAGUAUUAAAAUUAAUCUGUAAAGAUAACUUGGGGUUUUUUUUUUUUUUUUUUUUUUUUUACCAUUGUAUGAAUGUUAACAGCAUUAUAUCCUGUCUUAUUUUGUACGUUAAAUUUUACUUAUUCUUGUUGUUUUCUGCUUAUGAAUUUCAGGCCGGUUUGCACUUGUCCUUUUUGGACGUUAUGUUAAAAUGAAUAAAUGAUGAUGGCAUGCAUUGCAAAAUGUAACUAAGAAAAAAAAUACAUGUGCAUUUUGUAUCAAA